AUGACAAGUGGCACAAACUCUUCAGGAUCUUGCUUGUCCUCAAAAAAAAAUUCUAAAAUAGAUAACAGCUACUUGAAGGAACUGAAUGAAGACUUAAAGUUAAGAAAACAGGAACUUCUAGAGAUACUAAAGCCUCUAGAAGAUAAGAACACUCUCUUAUUCCAGAAGCUAAUGGCUAACUUGGAGGAAAAGCAAAGAAGUCUGCAGAUCAUGAGGCAGAUCAUGGAAGGGAGGGGAUAUGAUGAAUCUUCAGUCAUGGCGCUGAUUAAGGAAGCCGAGGAGAUGAAACAGAACCUGGAAAAGAAAAACAAGAUGCUUCGGAAGGAAAUGGAGUUGCUGUGGAACAAGACAUUUGAGUCAGAAGAGCUCCAUGAUCAACAGAAAACGUUCCUGACGAAGCCCAAGGUAGACGUGAAGGAUGGAAAGGCUCUGGAAACCCCCAUAUCACUUAGGAAGGCCAGGAGUGAACCAGAGAUAUCAGAAGCAUAAAAAGUGGAGGCAAUAAGGAGGGAAAAGCAACAGAAGAAAAUAAAAUGGGUCAAAUAUGAGAAACAACCUAACAUCCUUCAGAAUGGCUCUCAUGGAAAGAUUGAGCUGAGAAUUUAAGCCUUAAGGAACUAUCAGAGGGCCAAUGACUUAAAAUUAUCACUGUACCUACAGCACAAUUUUGAGCCAAAGCAAAGAGCUUUGAAUCUUCCAAGGCCUCAAGGUAAAAUGGGUACAACUACAGAGAGAGCAACAGCCAACAGAAAUGAGCCCACCAUGAGAAUCCCAGGAUCAAAGAACUAUACAGAACAACAAGGAGGAACUAGAGAAAGUCAGUCUGAUGAUGCAGGAGAAAGGCUCUUUUUUCUGAGGUCAGUGCCAGUUGAAGUUCUGAAGGAUUAG